AUGGGGCUACUACGUGCCCUGGUAUCGACUGCUCUGCCAUUCCUCCACUUUACAUCUCUGCUCAACGCGGCUGAACUAACGGGGGCUGCUAAAGAGCAUCGUGUCAGUUUGCGCGUCGUCUUUCGAGCCUUCUGCCCAGCUUGUCAAUGGCUCGUUGGUGAUCCAUUGCUAGAGCUCGUGCGAACCGAAGAAUUUCGUGACAUCAUUGAUCUCACACUAAUUCCUGCCGCAGGAAUGCGCGAAAACCAAGGAGAAAUAAGUUGUGAGGCAGGUCCACUAGAGUGUACGGGUCACCGUUGGCAGGUCUGUGUGCUGGACAAGGAUCGUCUUGAUGUCGUCAAGUAUCUCGGCACAAUAGCGUGCUUUGAAGGGCACGAGUCCGGACAGGUAGGCGACUGGUCCACGAAGGCACAAAAUUGUCUGACAGAUGAGGAGCGUGACGUGGUGAAGGAAUGUGUCGACAAUCGUAGCAAAGACCUUUUGUUAAAGAUGAUUCGGGAAGAGCAAUCCGGAAGCGUUCCCUGGAUGCCAUAUAUUACAGCGAAUCAAGAAGUACUAGGAUCGCUGACGGAGGGGGUUCCGCUGAGUAUGCUGAAACGUGGCAUUUGCUCAGCGUAUACUGGGCCUAAGAGCUUUUACCCAGCGGAAUGUUUGAAGCUUUCUGGUGAACAAAAGGUAGUUUCUCCCGAGGAAUCUGUGCAAAGGAAUGAUGAUAAACCGCUAGUAGCAACCGACAAGAAAUUAGAACCCACGGCCACUCCAUCAGAAAACACGGUGAUUUUGGAAGCUCAAGCCCCUACUGAUGCCAAUGCCCCUGAAGUCGUAAAUAGCGACAAUGAUGUGAAAAUGAAAGAACAGCUGAGUACUCCUGCGUCUCCUGUUACUACUACGGUCGUCGUGGCAGCUGGCAAAGUACAGCUUGAAAUGUACUGGCGAGCGUUUUGCCCCGGCUGCAUGUCAUUUAUCACAAAGUCUUUGCUCACUCUUGUUAAAAACAAGGAAUUCCAAGAGAUUAUUGACUUUCACCCAGUGCCUGCAGCUGGCACGUCAAUUAACGCAAAGGGUAAUUUCGUGUGCACCUCGGGCAUGGUCGAAUGCUUGGGACACAAAUGGCUUAGCUGCGCUGUAGAAGAGUUCGAGCAAAUAAGCGAGUUGGUGGAGCACAUUGCUUGCAUGGAAAGCAGAGAUAACAAGGGCAUGACGUGGAGCUCCAUCAUCAAGCGGUGUUAUGAGGGCGAAGCGUACACGAAAAUGAAAUCAUGCUAUGACACGAAAAGUGACGAUCUUCUUCGAAAGAAUGUGGCAAAAAGACAAGCAUUGCCUUUACCGUGGGUUCCAUACGUUUUGAUCAACGGCACGCCAUUAGGUGAAUCGUCUCACGGCAUCGGGUUCAAGCAGCUCCUAAAUGCGGUGUGCAAUGCCUAUUCUGGACCAAAGGAUUCGCUGCCGGCGGAAUGUCAACCUAAACGCCUACGCGAUGAAAUGGAAGUACAAACUCCCGAUGACAAAGAGGUGAUUAAGCCGUGUGCUCCCGCGACGAAAGAUACUGGUAAAACAGGAGCAGAGUACGAUGACCCUCCAGGCAUUGGCAAGCCAAUCUCGAUCGCGCCAGAGGCCAAAACAGUCACGGAGUUUAACGCUAAGGUUAUUGGUGGCAACCAUCCAGAUGACAAGGACAGAACGAAUUCUACUUUUAUAGCAGUCGUAUUACCCGGCAUAUGCUUCGUAGGACUUGUCAUUGUCGCUCUAAGAUUGACUCGCGACCACAAAAAGGACGCGUGA